GUAUAUUGGUCUCGCAUCUGCGUUUAACACCGACAUAUUUUAAGCGAUUUUCAUAAAUAUUUGCUAGACAUCUCUCCAACCAAAAUUCGUUAGUUGAAUUAGAUACGUCCAGCAGGCAACACGUGUGUGCCUUUCUUAUUUCUUCGAUUGGAAAUAAAUUUUGAAGAAAAAAAAUUUUUAAGCCUUUUUUGGUGUGGUUAGUUAGACGAAAAAAAAAAAUAUUUAAAAGAGACGUCUGUUGUGCACAUAAAUUUCUGUGAUGGGAGGGCGGAAUAUUUGUUUAAAAGCAACAGUGUUGAUGAUCAUUGUAUUGGGCUUAAUAGACAAUUCCCAAUCCGUAACGUACCUUUCCGAUUAUGUGAAAAUUGCUAAAUGCUGUCCACUAGGCAGUGAAUUGAUAGCGGUAACUGAUGAGAAUGGACUCAAAACCGAAUACCAAUGUAGUGGAACUAGACCAGACGAUGAACGGAAUCAAACAUUUUUCGGUUACAAUUUAGAAAUAAGCGAUAAGAGUCAGAUACCGUCCUGUGAUGAUGUUUUAUUGUUCGAUUUUGAUGUGGACGGCGAAUUAAUUUCAAGUGAUAGUUGCAUUGAUAUGUACCAAGGAGGGUUACAUGGACUUACGUGCUCGGAACUGUUCAAAGUCGAAGUUCACAAAGUGUUUAAGUGUUGCGCUGAAGGAUUCUUCUACGACAUAAUUAAUCGCGAAUGUGUGGAAAGUCUGUAUGUGCCCCAAGACUUCCAUAAACUCUUUAGCAAAUCCGUUGGAAUUUUUCAAACGAAUGUACCAACUUGUGGAACAAACGAAAUAUUCGUUGAAUAUGAAACCGACAUCCACAACACCAAGUUAAUACGAAGUGGACUAAAAUUGUCUGCCAUCGAGUCGGAAAUUUUAAAACCCGGAAAGUUUUGCAUCGAUGGGAUUGUUAACUCGGAAUCGAAUGAAACAACGGCUUCACCCGAAAACGGAAUAAUAGUUCGGUCAUGUCGACCGAAGGAUCUGUGUGCGGGAAUGCCGUGUGUGCGGCGUUGCUGCAAGACCGAUAUGGCUUAUAGACGGUUAAAUGGUUCUAUAACGUGUGUUCCAUAUGCAAGACAUAUUAAACCGACAUUCUAUGACAUUGGAUCACCGACUAAUGAAUCAGCAAGUGGCUUUUUGGAAGUUGAGCCUUCAGUUUAUGGGCUAAUAAACACUCAAACGUGCAACAAAUACAAGUUGAACGAUGAACCGGAUGACGCUCAUUACAUUAGCCAUGUUGAUGGCUCCCUGCACGUUAAUCAUUUUGAGAAGCCAUUUUCGAAUGAUGAAUACUGUGUGGAGUUUUUAGAUACUGGAACUGUUGAUAUACACACCUUCGUCUGCUUCUCACCGUAUCCGCAGACUAAGUUCACAUAUUAUGCUAUCGGCUUGACUAUUUCAUGCAUUUUCCUCGCGCUGACACUCAUAUGUUAUGCAUGUUUACCAAAGCUCUUAAAUUUACAUGGAAAAACUCUUGUUUGUCAUGUAAUUAGUUUGUUAUCAGCUUACAUAUCACUGGCUAUUGUUCAAUUUCAUACGGAAACUAGAUUGGAACUAUGUUAUUUCGUAGCUUAUUUGAUAUUCUUCUGCUUUCUCGCUGCAUUUUGCUGGCAGAGCAUAAUGUGCUUCGAUAUAUGGUGGACAUUCGGGUCAGUUCGUACAUCACGCGGAAUGAGACGCACAAAGGAAAUGCGCAGAUUUCUGCUGUACUCCCUGUAUGCAUGGGGUGUUCCGACUAUAUUGACAGCAUUAACAGUUUUCGUGGAUUAUUGUCAUUUGGUGCCGGACAUUUGGAGUCCUCAAAUGGGAGCGAGAAAUAUGUGCUGGUUUGCACGCGAAAAUUGGCGCGGCCAUUUCAUAUUUUUCUUAUUUCCAAUUGGAUUACACAUUCUCACCAAUGCCAUUCUGUUCAUCCUGACUGCCAUUCAUUGUAACAAAAUCAAAAGCGAAAUCAAUGCAAUGCAAUGCGCCAAAGACAAUGACCUACAAGAUAAGAAAAGGAAAUUUCUGGCCGACAAAGCAAAGUACACGAUGAAUUUAAAAUUGUUCGUUGUUAUGGGAGGAACGUGGGUAAUGGAAAUUGUAGCAACUCUGCUACAAGAGGUAGAACAAUGGUGGUAUAUUUCAGACUUCUUCAACAUCUUCCAAGGGGUGCUCGUUUUCUUCAUCUUUGUUUGUAAGAGGAAAGUCCUGGAGGCAAUAAAACAACGGCUAGGAAUUGGACGAAAGAAGACAAAGGGUCAGACCACGGUGACGACACAACUCUCGGUUACCAGCAACGGAAAGCUUGGAAAAAGCGCCAGCACAUCAACAUUAUCAACGUCAAAUACAAAUUUGAAUGUUGUGCGCAAAGCUGCUUAAAAUUGUUAACAUUGUAUACCAUUCCAUUUACAUUUUGAAAAGCUUUUUCGUUCGCUUUGGUCUACGCAUUAACAAAAAGUUGAGUUUGAGUAAAAGGAAAAUGAAAAUUACGCAGCACGGCUGGUAAUCAUUGCCAACCGUAUUUACGUUUGUAAUGUUUUAUUACUUGGAACAUUUUUAAUUAUCUUCGACUGAUUAGUUUAGUCUUUUAUGGGCGGAAGAAGCUUAAUUUUUACAGCUUUUGUGCAAAAAAUAAAAAUUGAGUGUUAUCAGUAGCAUAUCCUAUAUAAACAUGACACACAGAGACGCAAUUUACAUAUUGAUCGGUGUUGUACAAGCUGAGUGUGUUUCUGCCGUUUAUUAUAUGAUUGUAAUGAUAAGUAAACUGUAGCAGUGUUGCCUUUAAAUAUACUCUCUAUGUAGUAUGCGGA